AUGGCGGUCUCCCGACCGAAUUUAUCGCUCUUAGCGUGUUUUCUACUACUUUCAUUUUCCACCAUCGUAGAAACACAGAAUGAGGACAGCGGUAAAGUCAAAGAGAAGGAAGGUGCCGAGAAAGAGAAGAAAUACAGUGAGAUCCACACGACAUUCCUACUUGUUAUGAUGUUUUUGUUGAUUAUCACUGUGCUAACAGUGUGGAUUUUUAAAGUUAAGCGUUGGCGCUUCCUGCACGAGACAGGAUUUUGUAUGAUAUACGGUGAGUUCCCUAUUAUAGGUACCGUAGUUUCUCGGUUAUAAGACGCACAGUUUUUUCAAGAAAAUUCUGUCUUAUUUUUGAGAGAAAAAGCAGAGCUUUUUGGUCUGAGGUGUAGCGAAGAUUGCAUCAAAUUCAAUCCUUAAUUCCUAUGAAUUAAAAAGGAAUACUGCUUUCAGAACACUUACCAACUUCCAUAGAAAAGUUUGCAUACGUGCUAAGCAGCACUUGCUCGGUAAUAUGAUAUCCAACUCAGGUCCUUCGGUAGGUAGCGUUCUAUGGAUGCACAUUUUGUUAUCCGCAGCUCACCAGAAAACAGGAAAUGUUGCCGGUUGUGUCAUUUUCUCUCCAUGGAUUCUGAAAUGCCGUAUUCACGGUCAAUUUCACGAUUGUUAUCGACUGCCUCGGCUUCAGCAACAAUUUUCAACUUAACGUUGAGAUCAUACGAGUGACGGCGAGCGCUUGGCAUAUUUGCGAUCGAACACGAAGUUGAAGUUAAACUCUUACUGUUUAUGAUGAGUUUGACUGAGUUUUAAAUCAGUUGGUUGAUGUUAAUAGAAUGAAAUCGGAUCAUUGAAUAUUUAAUAUUUAAUUUUGUAAAUAGAAGCAUGUUUCCUAAGCAGGAAGGCUAAAACAAACGAGUAUGCGUUUUAUGUUUCUCAUUACAGGUGUGAAAUUUUAGCCUUGGUUUUUACGUAGAUCAUUAAAUCUGUGACUUUUUCACUUUUAUUUACGUUAACAAAAGAGUUUGCAUGCCAGUUGUGUAGGGAUAAUUGUUCUCAGUUCCAUCACUUCCUUUUGUUAAGUCUCAACCUUUUGGUACUUCUAACAGCCGAGUAUUUUCACAUAAUUUUCAGUUUGGGAACUUGGCUUGAAUAAGUUGCUUAGUUUGGGGUGCGCUUAUAACCGAGUGCGCCUUAUAAUCGAGAAACUACGGUAUGUUCAGUUGAAGCACUGGUGGUAAAAUUUUAUCAAACAAUACAUAGCCUUUAAGAAAACAGAUUUGUUUUACAAUAGUAUGGGGCUAUGCGGAAGUUGGUGAAAUUUCCGCACAGCUCCUUACUAUUGUAAAACAAAUCUGUUUUCCCAAUGGGAAUGUAUUGUUUUUGUCAUUGAUUUCUCUAGCCAAGAACUGAAUGCAUAAUUUAUGAUGGAGCUAUGCGGAAAUUUUACCCCGCUUGAUCAAGUCCGCUCACAACUGACCGCCUGAUAUUACAGGUAUCCGGCAUAUUGCCAAAACUUGCCUUCGAAAUGGAUAAAUCUGUUUUCAUAGCUUGCACGCGUUUCAAUAAAUGUUUGAUCCCCGUGGUAAACUUUCAUUAAAAUUAUGUAGGAAGGGCUUCAAGCCUUUGCUAAAAUCAGGGAAUAGGGCUCUUGUGCAGAAAAAAACAUUCAUUAGUUUGUAAUUUAUUAUUAUUAUCGCACAGUUAACAGUAAGGAAACUGUGACCGGAGAGAAGAUUUUAAGGUCACAUGUGGCGUGCUUGUUGACGCACAAGUUCCUGUGUGUAACAACUUCGGCUUUUCCAGACCGCGGAUGAUGGGAAACUCUGCCCCCCCUCAUUUGAAAGGAAAUAUCAAUAGCGCCAUAAAAUUCAUUAACUGUGCCAUGUUUCCAGAAAAUAAGACGGGAACAUGUUUUUUUCCACUUUCCACCAUCAAGAAAUUCCACGCAGAAAUAGUAUUUGAAGCGUGACUGGGUAAUCUUUCAGGAGAAGUGAAAAUUGUUUAUCUUUUAUUUUUAGAAAACUCUUCUAGAAAGUGUUUAAUCCUUCUGUUAUUUUAUUUGCCCUUUUUUGACUGCAAAUAUCGUCUGCAUUCGCUAUUAUUUUUGCUGCUUGUCAUGGCCUUUCCUGCGUGCACGUGCGAGCCAGUUGGUACAAAACACUCUUUCGAGUCUCUUUGCGUGGUGUCGGGCUUAGGUGUGUAGCAAGGGGACAUUGGGGCCCAUUAAAAAUCGCAAAACCGUAGAAAAAAUCAUCCACAACCGAAAACCGUAUGCAAAACUGUCCAAAUCGAUACAUUUUCACACCCCAGUUGUUAAAACCCUGAUCGAUCCGAUAGAGUGGUGACAAGUGGAGCAUACAGAGUUAACUACACUAAUUUCAUGACAGGAUUUAUGAAUACCAUGGACUUGGCAUUCGUAUCUUCUAGUAUCUGCUUAAAUUAACCGCUGCGCUCUCGAGGACCUCGAGCAUGGUCUCUGCGGACUCAGCAGCUGGUAAUGGAGCCUAAUUAAAAUUAAUGAAAUUGGCACAAACGUUCUCCAUAGGAUUGCAAUUUUGCAGUCGCAAAAAGCUAUAGCUAUGGAAAGUUUCAUCGAAGUUUCUAAGACCUGAAAGUUUGGAGAUUCUAUUGGAAUGUUGAAUCAAUUAGUCACGUAUGGCCUGUAAUUUGGUUACCAACUUCGAGGUGGCGUUGACGUUGAUAAAGUAACUCUGGCAAUGAUCCAUGCUUAGCCUUACCCUAAGUGUAGCCGUACCUUCCCCCCCCCCCAUCUUAGUGAAGGGGGAGGGUAAGGCUACACCAAGGCUACCUAGGAAUCCCUGCGAUAUUUCAAUUGGUUUGUCACGCAUUCCUCCCGAUAACAUUUGCGUUUAGCGGCUAUUCGAGAUCAGCGGAGGCGCGUGAUUUCGCGAAAACCGAAAACCAAAUGCUUAAAGACGCAAACCGCAAUGAACACCAAAACCGAAAAACCGACGUGUUUUGGCACAAAAACCGAAAAACCGAUCUGAAAAAUAGCCAAACGCGCAAAACCGAAAAUCCCAAUGCCCCCCUUGUGUAGGUCUGGCUCAAAAGAUAUCUGUAUGCUGCAACAUGGGUUCCUAUGUUUUCUCCUUUUCCUUUAUUUGUAUUUUUAUUCCCUUUCUCGUAUUAUCACACAUGUAUGUUUUUUUUAAUUCCCUCAGUGCGUUCCCUCAGAGUUGGAAGUAGACUAUGAAAAGCCAAUAUUGACCAGAACUGAAACCUUUUCGAUCACUAUUUGUUUCAAAGAACCCCUGUUAUUUAUAAUUUUAUUUCUCAAGAGAAUGUGUAUUUAUUUGCUAUUUAUUUCCAUUAGAACACGAAACUAGGUAGAGAUAACUUAUUUACUAUUUGUAUAUGAGCAGGCUUAUUUACCCCACUUGUAAAACUCCUUGAUGAAGUCUACUAUUGUUAGACGAAACGCGUGGGAGAUAAAUACAGGUUUUUACUUUCUCAGAUCGUGCAGUGAUGCUCACUGUUUCGGCAAGACACUCAUCAACUAAGAUCCGCAUUUGCUGAUCAACAACAACUCUUCUCUUAAUCAAACCUCAUGUAUGUGUACGAAGACAGUAUUCUUCAAAUACGGUCAUGAAAACCAUGUACGUAAUAUCUCCCUUUCUUUAAAAAAAAUAAAACAACUCUAACAGAACUUGCCUAAAAAUCUGGCUAACUUAAGUUUACCAAAAAACUUGUCGACGCUGAGACUAAACCUAGUCCCUAAUCGAACUUACUUAACGCCUUUACUAACGUUUCUUAUCAAAGUCUUUGAAUCUGGACGAGUACUCCGGGUUCUUGUCUUCUGAGACACUGGUAAAGCUCUGCUUGUGCUGGAUGAAUGCUCCGCAGGACUCGUGGGUGGUGAGCUUACUGGCUUAAUACUUAAAGAAAGGUGUGGCAGGCCAUAUUGGUUCCGUGGGUACUUUCUUGAGAUUAACACUAGGUAAGGUUGUAUCAUCCUUGUUUCUUUGCUUGUCUUGAGUUGUAGGCUCUGCUGCAUGUCUCAAGAACUGCCUAUUCCUUCUGAAGGUCUGAUCGCCUGACUUGACCAUGUAGGACCUGUCUGAGAGUUUCUCUACGCAAGCAGUCUGCUUCCACGUUUGAUUCUUUUGCAAGAGUUCAAUUUCAGGCAACUGUUUUGCAGUACGGUCAUAGUAAAACUUUGCCUUUCGCCUUUCCCCUCUAACUGCUCUGUAGAGUCUGGAAUUAUUUCGGGACGGGGAAGACUUGCUGCUGUAGGUAGCAGAGUUCGUGUUCUUCUAGACAUAAGCCUUUGACUAGGGCUGGUUCCUAGACCUUCUGUAUGGUUGUUCCCAUAAUCUAACAAAGCUAACAAGGGGUCUUUACCAUCACGUUCAGCUUCCUUGAAUAACUGUUUGACCGUCCUGACUGAAGAUUCAGCUUUACCGUUAGCCUUUGACGUCACGUGGUUGAAUUUCCAGCUGCGUAAAAACUCGUGAAAUUUCUGACUGCUAAACGGUGUACCAUUGUCUGAAACGACAGUAUCCGGAAUCCCAUGUCCACUGAAUUUCUGUUUAAGAACUUGAAUAACUGCAUAUGAGGUAGUGUCCUCAAGUUCAUCAACUUCAACAAAAUCUGGGAAGUAAUCAGCGAGUGUGAUGUUAACUGUAAACAGAUCUGUAGCAACUUUUCUCCACGGCCUGUCAGAAACUUAAUGAGAUCGAAUAGGCUGACCAGCAUUUUUCGCUUGAAACUCUGCGCAAACUGAGCAUCUCUCAACUACAGCUUUGAUAUCUGAAUUCAUGCCAGGCCAGAAGACGAUCUCUUUAGCCUUUCUCAGGCAUGAAGCAAUUCCUUGAUGGCUAGAGUGUAUUCUUGAAAGCCUCUCCGGCCUCAUAGCUUUCGGAACUAUCAGUCUCUGACUCUUAAACAGAAUUGCAUUGUGGAGCGAAAUCUCUUCUAUAUAAUUCCAGUAAUCGCGAACUUGUAUUGGGCAUCGCUCUCUUUUCUCUGGCCAUCCCGUUAGCACAAUAGUUUUUAAGGUUUCGAGAACGAGGUCUUGCACUGUAGACUUCUGCGGUUGAUCUAGCCUUUUUGGAUGGAAUCAAAGGGGGUGAGUGUGUCAAGUUCUAUGGCGAAAACUUGAAAGUUGUCUGACAUCGACGUACUAUCAGCAAGUGAGGCUCUGGACAAAUUAUCGGCCACAUACAUCUAUGCACCAGGUUUGUUCUUGACUUCUACAUUAAAGCGUUGUAACCGCAACAUCAUUCACCCUUUUAACUGGCAAAGUUUCAUUGAAAUCGGUGAGGUGGCAUGUAGCACGACUGCCUGGUGCUCUCUUGGACACACUCUUAAUUUUUCAAAUUUAUUGGUGAAAGAUACACCAAGAAAUGAAAAUGUUUGGAGUCAUUUUCAGCAAAAUAUUUUGCUGAUAGAUUUAUCAAUACUAAAUAAUAAAAAUGCUGUGGGAACAAGACAUAUUUUUUUUACCUGUAUAAAUCUGCUGUGUACCGUUAUGCUUCCUAAGAAUAAAUACUCAGACAAAUUUUUCUUUCUUGUUUGGACCAAGUCCCACAGGGUCUGUUAUUGGAAUUGUCCGAAUGCAUUUAGACUAACUUGGAUUUAGAAAAUUUUUCAAUAAGAAGAAAAGAAUCAUUUGUUCGAGUAAUUCAUUUUUACAGUGCUUUUGUCAUUUACCUGGAGUAGAAGGGCAACUCCAAGUUAUUCAUAUCUUAAGCCCAGUUCAAAUGGUCAUGACAGUUCAUAAUAGUGGACGAUAGUUUCAACUUUCAUUCACCAUCACUGACCAUCAUGUUUUCUGUCGCUCGCUUUGACUGUGUACUCUCGGUUGUAUAGUGACUUGCAAUUCAUUUCAAAUUUCACUUUUUAACACUUCUUUUAAGUUUGCAAGGUGCAUGUUGUGAUGACCACAGUUGCCGUGGAUUGGUUGUUGGGUAAAUUGUGCUAAGUUAUCAUUUUUUUCCUAGGUCUGGUAAUUGGCUUUCUCAUAAAAUAUCUUAGUGGAAAUAAGAGAGUGGCAGUUACUCACUCAAACUGUACCAUAAGUUCUGCAGCAAAGAAGCUGUAUAUCAGCACUCCAAAUGGUUCACUGUAUUCAUGUACGUUGUCUGGAGCAGUGCAGAAUUCUGGCGCUGAUCAGGGAAGUGAGCUGAAUCAGAUGGUAGGUACAAUGAAGAAAAUUUAGAGGCUGAUGAUAAACUAAUAAAAGUUUUCUUACUCGGAUUUUUUGUUUUUAAAGUGAUUCAGUUCAGAAAGUAAUAUGUUUGCUAUCUAAUUAGUAUAUUUUAAAAGCAACGGUGCAUAAAGGUCUAUCGAAAAAGAGAUAGAACAGGAAAACAACCUCGAAAGUUUUGAAACCAUGCGGCUAAAGUCGGUGCAAUGAAACUGCACACGUCAUGCUAUGUAUUCACGCGCAUACAUGAAGAUUUUUACCAUCAGGGUAGCUCCUUAGGAAUUAAGUAGGACUUGCGCGUGUGCUAUUUUAUAAUACUGUAAUGUGAACACAUUGGAUCAAGCAAGUCUUUUCAUCAAACAAACAUCAGUAUGACGCAAAUCAAACUAGUUAACUGCAAGUAUUUUAUAGAGAAAAAAAAGAAAGACAUAUUUUGCUCCUAUGACAAAUGGAAAGUACAGGUAAGAAAAAGAAGUUAGAGUAAAGGAGCAAUGUAUCAAGCCUUUUUACCCAAACAUCAAUAUAAAUAUUCUCCAUACUUUUCUCUAUUUACUUCCUAACGUGCUGACAACGAGAAUUUGUUUAAUAAUCAAUAGCUUCUUUGGUUGAGGAUCUUUCCUUUAUUCUAAUAACCUUAAUGUUGGAUUCGGAGGUAACAUUGUAAGGAGAUAUUAAAUACUAUUUACUCCUAAGGGUAAAAGAGUUAAAUAAAUUUUUUGUUGUUAGAGUACUAACCAUAACAUGCUGGGCAGAAAGGAUCUCAGAAUUUUUGCCUAAUUUAUAAAUAAUUAUUUAAUAUCAGUUAAGAAAUACUUUGUUGAUCAGAAAUGAGAGUUGAAAGCCUUUUGAGAUGUACAGUUUACAUUUUCCUUCUUUUUCUUCAUGCAGGCUGUAUUUGAUCCUGAAAUAUUUUUCUAUGUUCUACUGCCACCAAUUAUUUUCUAUGCUGGAUAUGACAUGAAAAAGGUAAUAACUAAGUGAACUUUUGUUAUAAUCUUAAUAUAGUUCACAUCUCUGCAUUUACAUAAUUAUACAAUGGUAUUAAAGCACACUCAUGUCACUUAAGAAAAUUAUUCAGAGCAAACAGAGCAAGCUCCAUGACCUUCUUCCUGCUCAUAACAUCAGUACUUUGAACCUAAGGAACAAACGAGAGUUUAGGCCCAUGUUCAAGACGAAAAAAAUUUUCAAUAGUUUUAUCACUUUAAUGACCUUAAAUCCUAAACUAUUUUACUAAAAUUUAAUAUUCAUUUGACAUAUUUAGUUUACAAACGCGACAGAUAUGCAAACAAAGUUCUCUACAAACUUGCCUCAAACCACUAAUAGUUCUUUUUAAUGUUAUUAUUGCUAUAAACUUUGGUAAUAAUUGUAUUAUUCAAUUUUUUAGCUUCAGAGAAAUAAAAUUAUAAAUAAACUUUUUAUUUAUUUAUCUUUCACACUUUCUUGUUUGGAAUAAGUACAACAUUAUAUAGAUUAUUAUUGUAUAUCUAUAAUACACUUGCAGCGCUUUUUCUUCCGGAACAUUGGCGCCAUCCUUACAUACGCAUUUGUUGGAACAACCAUCUCGUGCAUGGUGUUUGGGUGAGUAGAUUUGACUAGAUUUAGUACGUACACUUUGCGGUGUAACUCAAAGAUAAGCGGCGGACAUCGAAUACUAGUACAGUACCAUACCCUCAUCUGAAGUGCAUGUGUUUGUGUACAGACUUGUAUUAAAACAGGUGAAGAUGAAGUAUAUGUGCUAUUGUUAUUCAUUGUUAUGUAACUUUUCCUUGUGUGCCAUUGUGAUCCACAACUAAAUAGACGGUAAUAUGAAAGAGCCGGUCCGCAAGCAUGAAAUUCGUGAAAUAAUUAUGAAAAUUGCCGUACACAAAUUUUUGAACAGAUUUAAAGUUGAGAAAGAAAUGGCGUAUGACCAUUAAGCACCUACUGUAACAGUGCAGCUCUAACUGAUGAGGAAACAUGCAUACACAUACAUUUACAUGUAAAUUAAGCAUGUAAACGUUACAGAUAUGAUGACGGCUAAGAAUUAUUUUCCUCAACUGCAUGGCUGAUUUGCACUUUUGGACUUAUUAUGAUUUCAUAUUUAUACUUUUAUAAAAAUACCUAUGCUUCUUGUUUGUUUUUCUAAUAAUAUGAUGAUGCUUCUGUUACACUUAUAGUACUAAUGAUAUUAACCCAUGAAGAGAGUCAUCUUUCUCAAUUAAGAAGGAAAAGUAUGGUUACUAGGAAGGAAAAUAGUCAGUUAAAUUUUGUGUGCAUUUUGAUUAGGUGAUGUGAAAUUAAAACCAACGUAAACGCAACAGCCAAUCAUAGGGAAGGAAUAAUAUUAUAUCACAAAAAGCCAGUGAGAAUGUUAAGGCGAGACAAGUCGCUUAGGGUUAGGGUUAGUACUCUAAGCUAACCCUAACCCUAACAAAACCAAAGCAAUCCUGGAUAAAUAAGGAAAUUUGCUUUUAAAGUUUAAGAAAUUCCUUUAAUAUACUUUUACAAUACUUCUUUACAACGCUUCUUACCAACUGCUGUUUAAUGUAUUUGUUCUGUCUGUUAAACAGGGGGACAAUGUAUGCCUACACGAUGAUUGAUUCUCAUCAUAUAGACAAAAAUUUUGAUUUCCUGGAAUGCCUCUUGUUUGGAGCUCUGAUAUCAGCCACAGAUCCAGGUAUGUUGGUUUGAAUUAUUCAAACCGGCUACUCAAGGCAAUACCAACCUUAUGAGCAAGGGACAAAUUUUCACUUGUAUUACAGUGUACCACUGAAUAUCAGAUUCAACAUUUCACUUUUAUUUCAUUUUCUAGUGCUUUAGCUUUUAGUUUGCAAAACACUCCUAUUUCUUUAUCUAAAUAUCUCAUUGAUUGCAUAAGGUGUACGUGAAAGGGGUAACAACAUGGAGGAAACCAUCUUAGUGUUCUUUGUGACCGUCUACAAAAUCUGAUAGGCUUAAAAGUUUGUUUCUUUAAAAGUCAAGCCUAAAAGGCAAAAGCAAAUGUUACCCUCCAUGGGAAAUCGGAGACUUACACUUUACCGUUAAACGGUCUAGAGAAACGUUUUUAAACAGAUACUUAACGGCCAAAGUCCAAAAAAGGAUAGCUUAAACUAAGAAACGGUUGACCAAAAUCGACAAACGGAGAACUAAAAAUUAAUGUUAAACGGUGGUGGUUGAACCGGAAAGUUUUGAGGAGAAGUUUGAAUCAAGCAGUCGGCUAUUUUAUUGCACCUCUUUCGGUAUGUGUACUACUUUGGCAUAUUUUGUGUGUUCGGAUGCCCUUAUAUGGUAAAUUAUUGUAGUUCUACAAAACAGGUGUACAUGGUUUUCUGAGUUUCAUGAUGAAUGCACUGUGUUCUAUUUUCAAAAAAAAUUAACUGCUCAACCUCAGCCUACCAAAUGUUCCAUUUCAAUUAAUCGUUCUAUGCUAUGAUAGAAUCAAUCUGAUUAAAAUGCUCACUGUAUGAAUUUAUUAUGUUUAUUUGCUUUUACCUCCCAAUAGCCUGAACUUCCCAUUCUCAAACAUUUUUAGUUUCUCUCGAAGUUUCAAAUUAUUGGGAGGCAACUCUACUCCAUCACUAGUUUUUAAAAGUUGCUCUUCUCCAUCACCCCUCUCCCCCUUCUUUCCCCAACCCCUCUCAGUGUUAAUUCUCUUGUUUACACCUUUUGUAGAUCCAUCAUAAACUUACUUUGAUUUGUUGUGCAGUAACAGUGCUGGCCAUUUUUCAUGACCUGCAUGUGGAUGUGGAUCUGUAUGCUUUGGUGUUUGGUGAAAGUGUUAUGAAUGAUGCCGUGGCAAUUGUUCUCUUCAGGUAGGAAGAAGCGUGGGUCAGAAUUCGGAUUAGAUAUUUAUUGUAACUAAUAGAAUUAUUUGUGUCAAGUGCACAGCACAGUUGAUGAACCAAUAAUUGCUCACUCUUGACAAACAAAGAAAACUACUAUAUGUGGUUUCUUGAUAUUAAAAACAAAUCAAAUACAGUACUUGCGAGAGCUCUUGGGAUAGAGAGAUAGAUUAUACAGCAGCUGUAAAGAGUAUGUGGAGUACAGACAUUGCCAUCUCAAUUCUUACAAAAUGUUUGAAAAUUACUUAAAGGUAUCUUCGGCUCUGAAGUCAAGAAUUUCAAGGCAAUUUGACUGAGAAACUAUGGACUAGAAGACCCAUUGAGCCACCUCCUAAAUUGUCCACUGUUAAAUCAUGAGUUAUUAAUUUACUUAUGUUUUAGUGUGAAUUUAACAUUUACCUUUCUCAACCCAAAUUUUUUUUUUGAAAGGAAGUGCAACUGAAACAUACCUGUACAUGUAUCUUCAUGCAAUGUCAAGUAUGAUUUGAAUUAACAAAUCAAGAAGCCUUGACUGUGCUCUCUUCUAUUGUAAAGCAUGCAGGAAGCGGCGAGAACAUGAGACGUAGUCAAAUGUUUCUCCUUUCUUCUUUAGUAGCGUGAAGUCUGGGAAAUGGUCUGAGAUAGUACAAAUUGGUAACUGGCACGAAGGCUUUAGCUCAGCUUUUUGUUUUGUACUAUCGCUGGUAGAGCACGUUCUUUCAGCCAAUGACAGUGCGCAUUAUAUCUGAAUUUUUUUGUAAAUGAAUUAAAUCAAGCUUGCCUUUGCAGAUCUGUGGAGACAUAUCUGUUGGACAGCGCAGGCACUGGAUUUCAAGUUGAUAAGUUCUUUGAGUCAGUGGGUGUCUUCAUUGGUGUUUUCUCGGGUUCUUUCUUUCUUGGUUUUGCUAUGGGUCUUGUUACUGCUCUUGUAUCCUUUCAAAAGUUCAUUGACAUAAUUAUGAACAAUGGAGGAUAAAAUCUUGGGACACUAACGGAAUCUUACAAAAAUAAAAUCCUUACCCCCUCCCCUCCCCUCUCCCCCCCCAAAAAAAAAUGAUGAAUUUUGUGUCCUUUGAAAAUUUUACUGAGAUUUGGUGGCUAUUUUUUUUUUUGGGGGGAGAGGAGGUUCUGUAUUUAUGCUGGAAUUGGCAAAAAGUGGUGUUUUGUAUUAUAUUUGGGUGUGGAGUUUGUUCUCAAUAUCUGUCCCAUGGAGUUUUGAUGUUCGUUAUAAAAAUUUUGUGGUUUUAGACCCUUGACAUCACAACAAAAACAGGUGACAAAACUCACCAAAAUCUCAGACUUUCCUCUCUUAGAGACGGCUUUGUUCUUCCUACUGUCAUGGACCACAUUUCUCAUGGCAGAGGCAGCCAAUCUAACAGGUAAGUGUUUAAAAGUUCACUAAAUACUAAGGUGAUGGAGAAAACCUUAUUAUCUAGGUAAUCGUGGUGAAAAUAAUGCUGGGAAUGUAGUAAAUAAAGAAAGCACUGGCUAGUAAUUCUACAUAGUUAUAUUUAUUACCAUAAAUUUGAGAGUUAUUACUUCUCAUUUAGUAACAAGCAAAAAGACACCUGAUGGAUAUCUUGUCAUUAAAGCUCUAUUAUUAAUAUAGUUGUAACCAUUGCAGUUUCCUCAAAUGUGAUUGGUGCAGUAGUUGCUUUAUUUUUCACUAAUUAUUAUGUAGAGUUGUAAUUGGACAGUGUAAGGGAGUAGUUGGUUGUACAUUGUGUAAUCGAACACCUGUAUUCAGACAGUUCAGGCAGCCAAUCAUAUUAGGUCAACUCAGCUAAAUUCACCAGUCACAGAAUUGAUUGUCUGUUAGCAUACUCGUAAUUAUUAAAUCGAACGGUCGAGUGAUUUUUUUGAACGCUCGCGUGAUUACAGACUGAAUUGGACUCCACUCAGUCCUUCAUGUAUUGCCAUUACUAAUUUUAAAAAAAAUUAUAAUGAUUAUAAUUGUGAGAACACUCCUGAUAAUGAUGAUAAUAUUGAUACUGCAGUAAAUAGUAAUUGUCAUUAAUCUUCUUAUUUUUUGUUGUUGAUGUUUUAUAUGUAUUAUUAUUAUCAUCAUUACCAUUAGUGUUUUAUAUGUAUUAUUAUUAUCAACAUUACCAUUACUGUUAUUAUUUUCAGUUAUGUACAUUGUUGUUGAAACUGUGCAAUCAUUUUCAUGCUGUUUCCCUCUAGGGAUUGUUACAGUUCUUUCUUGUGGAAUAUCUCAAGCUCAUUACACAUAUAACAAUUUGUCAGAGGAGUCAAAACAGAACACAAAACAGGUACUGUACUUUUAAUUACUUUGGCUUGUCAUUCACAUGUGUACUGUACUUAUCCUCAAAACAUGUUUUAUUUAGCUUCAGGAAAAUCAUACACUACAUGAUACUCCUGGAAAAGUAAUUUAUAUACCGUAUUCGAUGGUCUAACAAAUAACACAAGCGGAUAUUUUGCGACUUGCGUAGUAAUCGAAGUCGCAGCAAUGAACUAAAUGUCCGCUCGCAUUAUGUGAUUUAAUUCCACUAUUAUUUCACUGUUUAGUACCUUGAAUUUAGUUUUGAGAAAUACGCCCUACCGCCUUAUGUUGGCAUCAUAUCGACUGCAUAAGGAGUACGCAAAAGUCGUAAAGAACAUGAACAAAACCACUGUGUUUUUUGGGACCCAAAAAAAUCUGUCGCAUUUAAGAGUUCGUUUGUUUAAACAUGAAACCUAAAAAACAAAAACCGAUCAAAGUUGCGUCGUUCAUUACGGUCACUCUGUUGCUUCGUAGUUUUGCCCUGUUCUGUAGUGAAAUGCUGUGGAAUGAUAGAUCUCUCGCAGCUCUCUCUACCAAAAAUUACAAAGCUAACCUUGAUAUGUUUUUCAACAUUUCUUUGCAGGCGUUUGCACUCUUAAAUUUUCUAGCGGAGAGUUUUAUAUUUUCAUACAUGGGGUUAUCUCUCUUCACCUUUCAACAUCACCAGUGGAAUGUUAGAUUUAUAUCAGUCACAUUUGUAUCUUUUUUAUUAUAUUGGAGUGGUGACUGGGAAAGUAACACCUAACACUUGUCACUUCUGAUCAUUCGAAAAUGAAGUUUAAUGACCAACAUUUUGAUUAUUUUGAGGCAUUUUUACGGGGCUGUGUUUCUGGUUUGAAAAGAAAAAAUUGAGAAAUGAAAUAGUAGCUUUAUGUGAAUCUGUGGAGGAAACAUUUUUAAACUGUUAACUUUUUAAAUCAAUCGUUUGCUUCUGUAUUUUUUAUUACUUUUUAAAGUUAUGGGCUCAGUUUAUGCAGAGCUACAUGUAGAAGAUGUGAAGAGCUUUGAAGAGCGGCAAAAAUCGGAGAUUAAAGCAAGGCUACUGUAGUUUAUGUUGACGGCUCCACGAGAGAGCAGAAUCUUUUGUUUCUGUGCUCACCUUUUGUUUUAUAGUUAAUUGAUUAGAACUUUAAUUGGUCAAUCAGUUUAAAAGGAUCGUGAAGCUAAUGAAUGCUGUACACCGCAAAGGUACCAGCAAAAGCAUGCAACAAAGACAAUUUCACGGUUUUCCCUCCUUCUCGCUAUUGUUCACCAAUUGAUACAGCUUGUUAACGAUUAACAUACCUAAGCAAAAGCCCGCUUGGGUCAUGCUGUAAUGGUAUCUUACUGAUUGACCGUUCCCUAUCCAAUCAUCGGUUACUGAUUCUUAACUGUUUGAUGUACAGCUUGCCAUGACUUUGGGAAGGCUUUUAAACGUUUAUCCAUUGUCGUUUUUACUUAAUAUGGGAAGGCACAGAAAGAUUAGUUACAAAUUUCAGCAUAUGAUGGUGUUUGCAGGUGAGUAAUCUGAAGAUUGUUUUUUCAAGGAAAAGAAUGUAGAACUAGCGUAUCAUUGUUGAUGAUGGUCAGUGCUCUGAGUGGAGUACAAUUCGGUCUGAAAUCCUUCGAGUGAUCAACAAAAUUGGACAACAGCGAAACGGGAGUUCGAUUUGUUAACUCUGUAAAUGAUGAUUACAAAUAGAAUUGGAAGACAAAAUCCUAUUCGAAAUUAACUGAUAGAGUACGAGCAGUCCCCCCUUUUCGGCGAAGUCCGUCGCGCGAUAAAAAAAAAUAUAUCAUUGAAAACACAAUUAAUGUUAGCGCGUCCCGAGAGCUAUUGGAGUGACGUCGAUACAAGUAUGUAUCAAAAAUUUUGAUACACUGUGGGUUAAACCACUUUUAUGAAUAAAAACAUCACACGAGCUAAUGAAUUGGUGUGGAGUUCGUGUUUUUAAACGCCCGAUUUUUUUCUACUAAAAAUGAUGGUAAAACUGAAUGAAGUGUACUCACGGAGAACUCGGGGGAGUAAUUUCAAAUCGCCCAAGGAUGAGGCUGUCGCUUUUUUUAGAGUAACAGACUCAACUGCAAUUACCGUAGGUAUCUUACUGAGUUGAGUCAUGCCCACUCACUCAGGCUUUGACGAGGUAUUAAGAGCUCGUUUUUUACUUACUAUCUUCCAUUAAUGCAUCAGUGUAAUUUUACACCUUUUAUCCGUUCAAUGAAGGUUUGCGAGGUGCCGUUGCAUUCGCUUUGGCCAUGCGCAACACGGAAUCAGUUCCUCGUCAGAUGAUGUUGACCUCAGUACUAACUGUGGUUUUUGUAACUGUUAUUUUCAAUGGAAGUGCUACCACGUGGGUACUCUCACUUUUGAAGAUAAGGUAGGAUACUGUUUUAAACAUAAAGCAACUAAAUCCAAUUACAGACAUAUCCAUUCACAGGAAUCCGUUAAAGUUCUUUUGAAAUCACCUCUGGCCGUUGCAAUCUGAUUUGAUCCCAGAGUUCCAAAUAAUUCGCUAGUCACUCUUCUAAGAAUAGCUUCAAUUUUUCUAAAAGAAUAAAUUUUGUUUUUAAAAGAAUUUAAAAAGAGUUUUUUUUCUUACGACGGAAUCAAAGUUUACGUAGUACGAUCUUUAGUGGGUUCUUUCCUCUUGAAUCCAAUUUUUAAAGUAAACAUGUUCCAUUUGUUUUUCAGAGUUGGCGUAGAUCCUGAAGAAGAAGAUAAGGGGUCUACCUAUGUUUCGGUGAGCACUGUAGGUUUCUUCCGUAUAAGUGUGCAAAUUUUCUUGCCUUUGUCGGGGAAACAUGUUUAAUUAACUUGAAGACCACAUUAAUAUAAAUAAUAGAGUCGGAUCUUCUUUGCUUUGUGGAGCAAGGCCAUAAAUCCUUUUCCACCUGAAUUUUGUCUUUAUCUAUCUUCUCUGUUAUUACCACUUCCGCCAUCUACUACCAAAGUUAGCCAUCACUUUAUUUUGCCUCGAGUCGUCAAAUCUGCUCUAAUAUUUUCCUUGUUAGGGUAUGUUGGGUCUCGCAAUUGUGCCAGUUCUACCUCACAACUCUCUCUAGCCCUCCUCUAUACUUUAUAAACGACGUUUACCGUCGAUUGCAUCAUCCCUUCCACGCACUUAAAAAAGGGAAAAAAAUGUACUGUUGGCGUACCAAUCUUCAAUUUCUCAACCGCAACACUUCAGUUUUGCCACUCAUUUGAGUUAAGGUUGUGCAUUGCCUACCCACUUGAGAGGGUUUUCACGCUUGUUGAUAGUGGUCGGAAAUGGCAGUUGCUUCAAACAAGGCCAAAAUAUAAACUUGAAAUUUCUGCCUUGUUUAUCUUUUUUUUAUUUAUUUGUUUGUACCACCAACCACCGACUUUCGAAAUCAAGAGAUUAAAUCUCGCACAGCUAGAUAAUAAGAACAGAACAUUAGCUAACAAUCAAAUCACAGUUUCGUGGAAAAAUAUUUACGUACAUUCUAUAGACCUCUUGGUACACACUUUGAACUUUUUCUGUCAUAACGUUGAAGUUUGAUAGGCCAACACAACAUGUUGUCAUCACGUGCAUGGAAGGGUAGAUGCAAAGGAUGGUACUUGUAGAAAGAGGUGUUUACACAGGCAUUAAAGAAUUAACCAAACAUACAAAAUUCAGGUUGUUGUAAGCCUGUGCCUUUUUAAUUUGAUGAAAUUAUACUGUCGAGUCACUCUGUUUUCUUUCCUGUUUAUUGCUUCUAUUUUUUUAUUAUUAUUGGUAUCCAAGUUUGUCUGUAAACAAUUCAAGUUCUUUUCGUUUAGUUUGUACUUGUCAAUUAUUUUGUUAUCAUCGGUGAUCGUUCUUUUCUUUUUUAAUGUUCAAAUCAUGUAGGAAAUAGAUGACAAUCGCAGAUCUGCACAGUCUCAUUACGAAAGAGCUUGGAUCUUUAGAAUGUGGUAUGACUUUGAUGUGAAAUAUCCUUUUGUGAAAGAGUUACAUUUCUUGCGUAGCAUUUUAAUUUUGCUUUUGUAACCUUCGCGAUAUUGAUGCUGUUGUAUACAGCAAAAUGCACUGUGCAUGUCGGAAAUUUUUUAUUGAAACAGCUUAACAAAUUAAACUCGUUUGUUUUCGUUGGCAUAUGGAGGUUUCGCCCAUCUCAAGUUCGCCCUCUACCCUCUUUGAGAGUUCGCCCCUGAAGGAAAGCAGGUUCGCCCCACCUAUACCAGUUUUAUGUCAGGGAUGGAGCUAUUGGGGAUAUAUUCUUAUGCCCAUUUCAACUACGCCCUCUACCAUUUUUGAGAGUUUGCCCUAAAGCAAAGCAGGGUUCACCCCCACCUAUACCAGUUUCAUGUCAUGGAUGGAACUAUUGGGGAGAUUAUUCAAUACCGACCAAUUUAGUUCUGGAAUGAUUACUUGUUUUGAGUGGAUAGUCGCUAUUAACUUUUGCCCCAUUCACACCAAAGCUUAAACAUGUUUAAAAGUUGUUUUGUUAAACACAGUUUAAUUUUUUUUUUCUUCAUAGAAACUAUUUAACCGAAUAUUUUUUUGAAUCACAUAAACUCGUACUUGAAUCCUAUGGAAAAUCAAGUUUUUCAGUUCUCUGUUUAUAAUUUUCAUUCAAUGAAAACCAGUUUAACAAAACAUGUUUUGUUGGUGUGAAUGGGGUAUUUGUUAUCGAGUUUGUAUUAGUUUUUAUCCCAUAAACUCGGUGAAAAGGUCUCAACAUAGUUAUACAAGUCAUAUUAUUUACAAUGAUUAUUGUAAACCAUUAUCAGAAUGGACUGAAGAUUCCUGAUUCCUGAUUCCUGAUUCCUUUGUUGGUCAGUGGGUUAAUUUUCUUUUUAGAGCAGGUCGCUGAGAUAAACAGCACGAAUGGGUAUUUUUACGAAACUGUUGGGUGAUUGGAAACUCAGAGUUAGUUCGUUGUAGGGCCAUUUGAAAUGCCCCUACAACGAAGUGAAGUGCCUACAACGAAGUGAAGUACACAUCUACGAUCAUUUCCCAUGCUGAUUAAAAAUUUCAUCCAGCCUCUGACAAACGAAAGAGAAUGAGGAGAAGAAAUAAAUCCUCUUCCCUUCUUUUGCGCAUAGCAGAGCACGUUGCAUUGGAGGUCUUUUUAUUGCCCUAGGGUAAAUGCAGUGAAAGCGAGACUUACUUUCAUUUCCUUGACAAACUUUACGUAUAUGAAACCUAUUUUUACCAACUAUGGCCAGCCUCUGACAGAGACCUUACCGGGAUGGUGCGGUCCUCUUGCAAGAUUCCUCUCAAGAUCGCGGCCUGAUGCAAAGGUACUGUUUCAAAUUUGGGUAGAAGGGUUUUCUAGAUAAAUGAACGUUUAAUCAUUUGUCUCAUGGAGUGAGAGUAAGGCUAAUCAAUCGUGUGUUGAGCGCGACGUUAACACUGCUACACUGCUAGUCUUUGUCAGGCGACGAGGUUGGUAGUUUACAUUUUGCCGUCUAUAGUACCUUACCUUGUUAUUUUGUUAUAGGUGUGUCACAGCGCGCUUUUAUUGGUGCAUUUCGAUCAUUAUUGUCAUUCCGUCUAUUAGAUAUUUCUCCCUCAUAGUUGGGUUUUGUUUCUGAUCGACUGUCAUGGUUUUUGAUAGUUUGCAUCCAUGUUUCAGGGAUUUCGAUUCCGUUAUCCCUACUCUCGUUCUAAGAAUAAAGCCUUAUGUCAAUGACUUCUUUAACCCUUCCAGUGUACCGGGGAAAGCUAUGAUCAGUAAACCUCACCUGGCCCUUAACAGGGACGUGUCCUGUUUCAUUGUCGUGUUCGAAAUCGCCGAAUUGUGAGCGCGAGCUAGCGCUAUAUCUCUUUCAUGGUUUUUAAUUCUCUCUUUCAUCGCAACAUAAGUGGGAAAUGUUUAAAACGUAGAUUACAUGUAGCUGUGCGUAACAGAUGUAGUUUUUGACAUGUUUCGCGAGAGAAUAUGUGCGUGCGAGUCACCCUUGUCAUGCAACUCACAGGUAGAUUAAGUAUAAAUAUAGUGUGUCACUGCAAAUGUUUUGCAUUAUUUUGUAUAAUAACGUUCAUCUAUUUAAACCGCCAUUUGCAACCGUAAGUAGACAACUAUAGGUGUUUACCCCAGCCUGCAGUGCAGGCGUCUCGUUAGGACGAGUUAACGUUAAGGAGCGUGCAAAAGUUUAUUCAACCGUAAAGACAACUCUUUACGGUGGCAAAUUUACGUUAUCAACUCAUUUGAUAAUACUGAAUUGCCCUGUUAAGCUCUUACGGGUUUUGUUUCAAUGUAGGUAGAAACAGAACUGAGUUUUACCGACGAAGAUACGGUCAAACUUGCCAGCAGCAUUGUGAAAAGUGGUGAGCCGCCUGAUCAGAUAAUGGAAGGAGAUGUUGAAUUAGGUGCUCUGCAAAUGACAAGCAGAGCAUAAAUCGUUUUCAUCAAACCGAAGGUUUCUGUAGGUAUUUAGUUGCUAGUUGCUUGGUCUGGUCAGGUAGUUGUGACAGGAUGUCGACUUAAAGGAGAGCUUAAAGGAGAGCUUAAAAGCUGUCUCUAUUACUGUGAAAAUCGCUGAUUGUAAGCUAGCUGUCUUUAAUUGUUAAAUUGUAAGUAAUAAGAGUGUUUGGAAUACGCGCAUUGGUCAAUCAAGGCCAAUUAAUUGGUUCGGUCUUACAUAGUCUUGUAGAAGUUUAAAAGAUUCCGCUCCUCGUGGUUAGUGUUAUAUCGUUAUUGACUUUCUACACUCUGAUUGCAGUUUUUUUUACCCCUUUAUUGAAUGUACAACUUUGAAAUAGUCUUUCCUCUCGUAGCACUUUACUGGAGAGGAAUAAUGUCUUGAUGGUUUGAAAACAUGUUAAGUUCAAAGCCGCAUGAGAAGUGGAUUUUUUUUACAAUGUUAAUUUGCUAAUUUGCUGUAAUUAAAUUUAAUUUCAAUUAUGUUGUUGAAUAAAAAUUGGGAUAGGCUCACAAAGUCGUGGUUCAAAAGUGACCUUGGAAAAAAACUUGAAUUAAAUUUCAACAGAGUCUUAUUUUACUGAUUGUUCUUGCUGAGGUUAGUUUGUCAAUUUUCUUCUGACUCAUGCCUAAAGCUAUUGAACGUAAGUAGUUUUCAUAACAAUAAGUAUUACUCCUUAAACUUUGGAAGCUUUUCAUUUCUAAUUUUCUACCUGUUAAUAGUGUAAUCGGUCGCAGUUGUUUUCCUUCAAAUAAAGCGAUAUGCAAGAAAUUGUACUAGAAAGGAUUUGAGUAAUUCAGUUAAUUCGAAUUUAACAUUUUUUAAAGAAACUCGUAUCUACUCCACUUUGCCUUCGACAAGUUAAAAAUAAGAUUUUGUCACAAAAUCGCUUAGAUUGUGAUUAAUUGAAUCAUCCAUAGAACACUGUUUUUAUCCAAGUUUUUUUAUCCUUCACAGCUUGAACGUCACUCUUUAACGGUACUUUAAAAUAGUUGUACCAUAAUCCUCAAUGUUUAGUUGUUAGUUUUAACAUAUAUAUUAGAUCUUAAGAGAAAGAUACCAACUAAGCCACCAAGAAUUUGUAAGAAGA